CCCGGGAGCACCCCAGGCAGCGUAGGCUUUUCUUUUGCUUCCGCAGGGCAGGUGAAUGACCGGCGGUGGGUCGCCCCUCAAGAAAGGGGCAAUGUGGAGGAUGAAACCUUCCUUCUUGACACCCCAUUUGCGGCCUUGAGACACCGGGCUGGCUUUGGGGGAUUCAAUACCGGGGUCCCCUCUGAAGAGGGGGCGGCAGGUGCUCCGAAGACCUCCUCACCUGCGCUCUGGAGAGAUGUGCCCACCCCCGGAGAGGAGGAGCGCGCCACUCUUUCGUCGAGGCAGGACGUGUGCCCUAGGCGGACCGAGCGAGGCCAGCGGGCGCCGAGCCAAGCCCAGGCCAGCGGCUCGCAGCGGCCCCGCGACCCGGGCAUCCUCUGCCUUCUCGCGCCCAGCCGGAAUCGCGCUCCUCGCGCCCGCUGCAAAGCCAACAUGCCCAUCACUCGGAUGCGCAUGAGACCCUGGCUAGAGAUGCAGAUUAAUUCCAACCAAAUCCCAGGGCUGGUCUGGAUUAAUAAAGAGGAGAUGAUAUUCCAGAUCCCGUGGAAGCAUGCUGCCAAGCAUGGCUGGGACAUCAACAAGGAUGCCUGUCUGUUCCGGAGCUGGGCCAUUCACACAGGCCGAUACAAAGCAGGGGAAAAGGAGCCUGACCCCAAGACAUGGAAGGCCAACUUCCGGUGUGCCAUGAACUCCCUGCCGGACAUUGAGGAGGUGAAGGACCAGAGCAGGAAUAAGGGCAGUUCUGCUGUGCGUGUGUACCGGAUGCUCCCUCCCCUCACCAAGAACCAGAGGAAAGAGAGAAAGUCCAAGUCCAGCCGAGAUGCCAAGGGCAAGGCCAAGAGGAAGUCGAGUGGGGAUUCCAGCCCUGAUACCUUCUCUGAUGGACUCAGCAGCUCCACCCUGCCUGAUGACCACAGCGGCUACACAGCUCAGGGCUACUUGGGGCAGGACUUGGAGGUGGAGCGCGCCCUCACUCCAGUGUCCCCAUGUGCCGUGAGCAGCACACUCCCUGACUGGCGCAUCCCAGUGGAAAUUGUGCCAGACAGCACCAGUGACCUGUACAACUUCCAGGUGUCGCCCAUGCCCUCCACCUCUGAAGCCACAACAGACGAGGAUGAGGAAGGGAAAUUAACUGAGGACAUCAUGAAGCUCUUGGAGCAGUCUGGGUGGCACCCAACAAAUGUGGAUGGGAAGGGAUACCUGCUCAAUGAGCCUGGAGUCCAGCCCACCAGUGUUUACGGAGACUUCAGCUGCAAGGAGGAGCCAGAAAUUGACAGCCCUGGGGGGUAUAUUGGGCUGAUAUCUUCAGAUCUGAAGAACAUGGACACCAGCUGGCUGGACAGCUUGCUGCCCCCAGUCAGGCUGCCCUCCAUCCAGGCCAUCCCCUGUGCACCGUAGCUGGGCCCCUGGCCCCCUUUACUCCCCUAGGUGAGCAGGACCCGGCAUCAUGGUGGCUGUGGUGCAGAGAAGCAGGUCUCCUGUGGGCCCCUUGACAUAAAAAGCCUGACCCCAGUGCCAAGUGGGGAUGGAGCCUCCCUCCUUGGGGCAGGGCCUCUCCAGGACUGGCAGGCAGGGUCUGGGCUCACCUUGUGGGUAGAAAGCUGGCCCUUUCUCUCGGGAAGAUGGGGUUCUGAGACUGGUGUGUCAUGUGGCUCAGACGGGAGUCAGCCUCCAGCUUUUCCUUUUGAGCCCUGCUGCCUGGAGAGGGUCUCACUGUUGCUGAGCUGGCCGGAAGGAACAGACCGGUGACCUCAGAAAAGCACAGCACCAACGCCAGGGCUGGCUCUGCACUAAGAGACGAUUGCACUAAGUGAUUCCUAUUCCCAAAGAACUGCCUCCCUUCCCAGAUGAGCCCUGGGGACCAUUCCCAAGCCAAUGAAAUGUGAAGGAAAAAUGGGGUCCUGCAGGAACUGCUCCCUCAGCCUCAGAGAGGCUCUGCCCUGCUUUUGCUCCCUGCUCGGGCCAGGGCACGUGGGAAAAAAUAUGGCACUUUUUCUUGUGGACCUCGGCACAUUCCCGCUCAGAGGUGUACACUAACGUUUCCCCCAAGCUCUUGGCCUUCACAUUUAUUUAUGCAGUGCCUUGCCCUGCGCCCACCUGCCCCCUCAGCAGGCCCAAGGAGGGACGUGUGAGCGCCUUGGUGUGACUUAAAAUCAGACAAGCCAUCCAAUCACUAAGUCAUGUGACCACAUAUGUACACAUGUGUAAAUAUGUACAUUUGUCUUUUUAUAUAAUGUUAAUUGUUUAUAAGGAGUUUGACUUUUAUUUAGAGGUAAGUUGUAGGUGAUUAUACUUUAUUUUGAAGACAU